GCCGUCGGACGGCCUCGAGGUUGGCCAUGUUGCCCAAACGGCAAGGUGACACGUCUUCCUUUUCUCCCGCAGCCACGACCAUGCCGACGUCCCGGACCGCUGCCACGGUGUGGAGAUGGACGCGGUGACGGUGAGCGAGGAGGGGAUGCCUUUCUUCUUCAAGGGCCGCUACCUGUUCAAGGGCUUCCACGGCAAGGCGGAGCUCCUCAAGGGCUCCUUCCCCGAACUGGACGACGCCGAGCAUCCCCUGGGGCACCUGGACGCCGCUUUCCGCAUGCACUACGACAACGCCAGCGACCACGACCACCUCUACUUCUUCGUGGGCGACAAGGUGUACGCCUACUACAAGCACAAGUUGGAGGAGGGCUUCCCCAAGCCCAUCUCGGAGGUCUUCCCGGGCAUCCCGGACCACCUGGACGCCGCCGUGGUGUGCCCCGAGCCGGACUGCGAGGAGAACGAAGUCAUCUUCUUCAAGGAACACGAGAUCUACCACUUCCACGUGGGCAACCGGGCGGUGGAGCACCGAGAGUUCAAGACCAUGGCCAACUGCACCUCGGCCUUCCGCUACAUGGAGCACUACUACUGCUUCCACGGACACCAGUUCUCCAAGUUCGAUCCCAAGACCGGAGAGGUGCACGGCCGCUACCCCAAGGAGGCCCGCGACUUCUUCAUGCGCUGCUCCAACUACAGCGAGGAAAGCGACAUGGUGGAGCGAGAGAGAUGCAGCCACGUUCACCUGGACGCCAUCACCUCCGACGACGUGGGCAACUUGUACGCCUUCAGAGGUCAUCACUUCCUGCAGAGGGACGGCAACAACGACACGGUGAAGGCCGACACCAUCGAGGCGUCCUUCAAAGAGCUUCACAGCGAGGUGGACGCCGUCUUCUCCUACGAGAACCACCUCUACAUGAUGAAGGACAACGACCUGUACGUGUACAUGGUCAGCGAGCCUCACACCUUGCUGGAAGGCUACCCCAAAACGGUCAAGGAGGUUCUGGGUCUGGAGGGUCCCAUUGACGCCGCCUUCGUCUGCCAGGACGAGCACGUCGCUCACGUCAUCAAAGGCGAUCACAUCUACGACGUGGACCUGAAGAAAUCCCCUCACGAGGCCACCAACGAGCGGCCCUUGUCGGUGCUCAAAAAGGUGGACGCCGCCAUGUGCGACCCUCACGGCGUGCGCGUGAUCGUCGGAAAUCACUUCUACCACUUCAACUCCCUGGCGCUCUUUGUGGCCGGCCGCGACGUCCCGGAGCAGCACCGGGUGUCCAUGGACCUGUUCGGCUGCGACCACUGAGGGGUCGAUCGUGUCUGAUGAACUCAGAGGGAGUCGCCCCACCCCAAACCCCCACCCCAAAUCCCCAACAAACACAAGACCGAUGUGGGAUUUUGUCCUAUGCUGUCGUCAAUAAAUAAGAGCAGAAGCACGCCGC